AUGAGUGCUGCCUUCACAAGGAGUGCAGCCUUCGCAAGGAGUGCUGCCUUCGCAAGGAGUGCUGCCUUCGCAAGGAGUGCUGCCUUCCCAAGGAGUGCUGCCUUCGCAAGGAGUGCUGCCUUCGCAAGGAGUGCUGCCUUCGCAAGGAGUGCUGCCUUCGCAAUGAGGGCUGCCUUUGCAGGGAGUGCUGCCUUUACAAGGGGUUGUGCGUUCGCAAGGAGUGCUGCUUUCGCAAAGAGUGCUGCCUUCGCAAGGAGUGCUGCCUUUGCAAGGAGUGCUGCCUUCGCAAUGAGGGCUGCCUUUGCUGGGAGUGCUGCCUUCGCAAUGGGUGGUGCCUUCCCAAGGAGUGCUGCCUUUGCAAGGAGUGCUGCCUUCGCAAGGAGAUAUGCCUUCGCAAGGAGUGCUGCCUUCGCUAGGAGUGCUGCCUUUCUAAGGAGAGCUGCCUUCGCAAGGAGUGCUGCCUUCGCUAGGAGUGCUGCUUUCGCAAGGAGGGCUGCCUUCGCAGUGAGUGCUGCCUUUGCAGGGAGUGCUGCCUUUGCAGGGAGUGCUGCCUUCGCAAGGAGUGGUGCCUUCGCAAGGAGUGCUGCCUUCGCAGGGAGUGCUGCAUCCGCAAGGAGUCCUGCCUUCGUAAGGUGUGCUGCCUUCGCAAGGAGUGCUGCUUUUGCAAGGAGCGCUGCCAUCUCAAGGAGUGCUGCCUUCGCUAGGAGUGCUGCCUUCGCAAGGAGGGCUGGCUUCGCAAAGAGGGAGUACUGCCUUUGCAACGAGUGCUGCCUUCCAAUGAGUGCUGCCUUUGCAAGGAGUGCUUCCUUCGCAAGGAGUGCUGCCUUCGCAAGGAGUGCUGCCUUCGCUAGGAGUGCUGCCCUCGCAAGGAGGGCUGCAUUCGAGAGGAGGGCUGCCUUCGCAGGGAGUGCUGCCUUCGCAAGGGGUAAUGCCUUCGCAAGUAGUGCUGCCUUCUCAGGGAGCACUGCCUUUGCAAUGAGUGCUGCCUUCCAAUGA